GAGCUGCUGCUGCUGCUGGUUGAUGGACACGCAGGAGUUGAUGCGCACAGUCAGGAACACUUCCACUAAAUCCACCGGACAGCAAAAAUGAGACCAAGCAGUCAAGCGCUCAAACACAAGCUACCACAUGACACGGAGAGGGAGUUUGGAGGAACCCUGGGUGCCGUAUGCAUCCCCGUCUUUCUCCCGCUGACGGUGCUGUUCCUGAUCUGUGUGAGUCGGUCUCCUGAGGCCGGCGUGCUCCAGUGGCCCCCUCCUCUCCCGUCCAAGGACCAGCUGUGGGACCCAGUGGCCCCAACGGUCCUGCUGGGAUGGAUGACUCUGCACAGCCUCCUCUAUUUCACGCCGUUAGGAAAGGUGUCUGAAGGAUUAGUGCUGAGGGAUGGAUCGCGGCUCAAGUACCCCAUAAACGGUUUUCAUGCCUUGUGCAUCAGCGGCGUGUUGCUGAUGCUGUUACUGGGACUCGGGGCUCCUAUGGGGUAUCUGUUUGAGCUGCUGGUGCCUCUGGCGGUGUGCGCAAUUGCAGUGUCAUUCCUGUUCUCGGUCUACCUCUACAUCCGCUCCUUCUGGGCUCCUUCCCAUGCUCUCGCUUUGGGGGGCAACACAGGAAACCCUCUGUACGACUUCUUCAUCGGACGGGAGCUGAACCCCCGGAUCGGAAGCUUUGACCUGAAGUAUUUCUGUGAGCUCCGACCGGGUCUGAUUGGCUGGGUGGUCAUAAACUUGGGCAUGCUGAUGAAGGAGGUGGAGCUCCGCGGCUCGCCCUCCCUCGCCAUGAUCCUCGUCAACAGUUUCCAGCUGCUGUACGUGGCCGACGCUCUGUGGAACGAGGAGGCAGUUCUGACCACCAUGGACAUCGUGCACGACGGCUUUGGGUUCAUGCUGGUGUUCGGUGACCUGGCCUGGGUUCCCUUCACGUACGGCCUGCAGGCGGCCUUCCUGGUCGUGCACCCGCAGACUCUGACUUCGCUCAAAGCCGCGGCUAUAGUAGCGCUAAACGGUGCUGGAUAUUACAUUUUCAGGAAAUCCAACUCCCAGAAGAACCAGUUCAGGCGAGACCCUUCUCAUCCAAGUGUUGCGAGACUGGAGACCAUCGCCACAGCAACAGGGAAGCGGCUGCUGGUGUCCGGCUGGUGGGGUUUCGUCCGUCAUCCUAAUUACCUCGGUGACCUCCUCAUGGCCCUGGCCUGGUCCCUGCCAUGUGGUUUCUCACAUCUCCUGCCGUACUUCUACGUCAUUUACUUCACCGUGCUGCUGAUUCACCGGGAGGACCGCGACGAGAGACAGUGCAAGGCCAAGUAUGGACCGGCGUGGGACACCUACUGCAGACGAGUCCCCUACAGGAUCUUCCCUUAUAUAUACUGAAAAGGAAAGCGGAUGGAAGCAAAGGGGGGCGGGACCCAAACUGUCACACAACAGCCUUCUGCAAGUUCACACGAACUCAGCAAUAACUUGAAAUCUGUACUCUGUUGCACAGAUUGCAGGUAAUAAGCGGUGCUGCUACUGGGAGGAUCAGAGUUUUAACCAGAUGGUGUGUGAGUUUAUGGUUUGAUUACAAAAUGCUGAAUUAAUUCUUCAAAAUCUUGUAUUUUGAGUCUGAAACCCGACAGCAAUGUCCUGCAGGUAAAGUCAGUCGGUAUCACACGUGCAUCUUUUGUAUUAUUUACAAAAAACAAACAUCUUAUUUUAGUGAGAAUUAAUACUGACUUGAAAAGUGAAACAAGCAGUUCAUAGCAGUGCCUUUGUUAGUGAAACGUCUGCACCACAGAAUUAGUUUUUUACGUCUUCUUUUUGUGAAGUGUAUUGUUGCCUCUGAAAUGCAUUUGAAAUGAACAAAUACAAAAAAAGAAAACAAUA